AUGGAUGAUUGUCUGCCUUUACUAGCAUGCAAAUCACCAGCAGGGCUCUUACAGCUGAAGAGACAGCAGUUGCAGAAGCUCUGUAAAAAGCUUGGUUUAAAGGCCAGUGGCAAGAAUGUUGAUCUGAUUUCACGGCUAUCUGAACAUAUCAAGGAACCCAUUGGAGAUGAGCCUGUGUCUCAUUCUCCACUUCCUCUUGUGGUAAAGGAAGAAGUUAGCUCUCCGUAUGAAGAAGAAUCUGAGUACCAUUAUGAAGCUGCUGCCUGCUACCAGCUUGGGGAACAAAGCAAAAUAAAGAGUGAGUGCUCACUGCUUCAGGAAGGUGACUCUGCCUGGUGCGUUGUUCACGGAAUGGAGAUUGAUGCUCCUGGCCAGAUCUGGUGCCCCCUGAUCCUGAAGAGUGGCCAAAUAUUAGUUGCUGCUGGAGAUGUCCUUGUCCCAUUUUACUUGACCCCCGCAGCUGUGGAGACGCCAGCCCACCUGGAGGACAACAGGAUCUGUGCAGAGUGCUUCGAAUUAAAUAAAAAGAAGAACUCUUUAAUACAGAUUUCCUGCUCCAAACAAUAUUCAGGUUGCUCCUCUUCCAAUAGCAGCUCCAGAUCAAAUCGAACAACAUUUGGCCGAUACUCUCCCCAGGAAGAUGAGGGCUAUGCAACAAAGGUGGAGAAACUCUUGCUGGAAAUUGCAAAUGGCGACAUGACUGUGGACCAGGCAUUUGGAUCAGGGAGACCGAAGGUGCUGCAUUCACCUAAAUGCUGAGACUGUUGCUGCUUGGUCUCUGUCCAACUUGUUUUUAAAUGAGUAACUGUCAAUGCAAGAACUAACUUACCAUGUAAU